ACCCCAUAUCGAGAUUAGACCACCUGAGCGUCCAACUGAGUUUACCCCAUCAAAGUCAUAAUCUUGGUUUUACCAGCAGCCUUGAACUUCAAUUUUUUCGGAUUCUAAUAAUUGUGUUUCUUGUAUUCCGAUGAAAUUAGCCUUAUGGAGAUGCUUUAACCUGCGAACCCAAUCAAUCUUUACCUCCCUACCGAUGACUCUCACGCUUGGCGAUAAACAAUUCAUUGGGUACCAACGAUCUCACCAAUUUCACCGACGACCUCAUCAAGGGAAGGAUCUUGCAGGUCGAUUUGGAUGCCAAUAGCACAUCCGAUGUCCACAGUUUGACGAAUUUCACUGGAAGAUGGUGCAUCAUUACACACAAUUGGAGGGGCGGAUUGGUUCAGGUUGCCCAACAUCGGGAAAGGUAUGGGUGGGAUAAGUUGUUCUGGGUUUGGAGUUUGUGUUCUGGUUUUAUUAGAUCUGGACCCCGAUUUCGCCCUUUUUCUUUUCUUAGUGUUGGGUCCACUGUUAUUCAAGUCAUCUUCGGAAAUAGGUUUGUGGAUUUGGGCUUAUAGGGAUUUAAAACUAAAUGCGUUGUUUGGAUUGAUAUGGAAUGGGACAAAACACCCAAGUGGCACCAGUUUUUGGAGAGGGCUAAGUGGAAUGCCAAGUAUCUUCAGCCAUGCAGUUCUUUCAUAUUUCAGUUCAUGUUGGUCUGCUCUAAUAAGCCAUUUAAACCAAUCCCUCCAUCUGAUUUUGUACCCUAGGAAUUGCGCUGCACUACUGGAGUUGUUGAACUCAAUGGCCAGACGUAGGCCACCAAGAACAAUCGGAGGCGAAUUCGACUUAGGUAGCCGAUCCCGAUUACCCCUAAGCGCCUGGGCGAAUGUUCUCCGAUCUCUCAUCCCCGAUGCCGAUCCCAAUUUCGUUGCUCUGGCGGCAGUUGUUUUUUGCGCAUCUCGUCCUAACUCCAGUAUCGGUUUACGCGGAUGUUUCGAGAUGUUGACAGACAACACCCUAAUUCCACCUCUGAUACCUUGUAGUUUCUCCUCAAGUGCAUUAGCAUCAACUACACCCGCAUACCAUACAAAUGCGAAGUUCUUCCUGUGGUAAUCCUUCUUGCUGCCAAAGUAAACAUCUGUUACCUUCCCAAAGUUACUGAAUGGUUUGCGAAUAUCAUCCUUUCUCGUGCCAUCUGUGAAUCCAAACAGACACGUAGUAGCUCGUGAGAUCAUCGCCGACGUGGAAUCUCCUGUUGGUUUUCCUCCGACGGACUUCCGUCCAUCCACCGACAUUCAUCUUGUCGUCGUGCGUCAGAUACUAAAAUAUCUGAGUCGAUGAAAAUAUUUCUGCAAAUUAGUAAUCGUAUGUAACCCUUACAUUUCAAAUUAUGUGAUUUUGUGGGUUAUCCAGCCGACUUUGGGCGUGUUUGGCACGGAGCUUUUGGAAGCGUUUGGGAGCUUCUAGCUUUUAGCUUUUGAUAAAACGUUUUAGUUUAAACAAAAAGCUUCGUUUGACGGUA